UAUUUUCAAUGAGCUCGUCAUUCCAACAAAAAACUACGGGCCGAAUGCACAAACAAUAAAUAAUCAGGCCGUUAGUUAAUCGGUAUGAUUAAAUUAAACCUUUGAUUAAAUUAGAUUGGUAUGCACAAAACAAAAACACUCCUUGAUUAACUAACCAAGGUGAUUAAGCAUUGAUUAAAUAUUUUGUAAGAAUUGGCGCCGGCAACGUUGUACUUUUAUGGAAAUGUGUGAUUUUUUUUACAAAGCCUACUUUAGUGGAACGCUUUUCUUUUUUGUUAUCUGUCAUCUAAUAAUCAAUUUAUAUUAUUGGGUUAAUAAUGGAAAAGAAGAUACGGGGAAAAAACUUUACCGAAGUGGAAAGAGAACAUUUACUCCAAAUAAUUGAAUCGUAUCAUUUUAGCUGCCACAAUAAUUACAAUGAUAAAGUUUCUCCGAAUACUCAUGUUUUUCCAAUUUAGUAAGAAACAUAUACUAGAAUCGAGAGUGACGAGCGCCCAGAUCCUUCUGCAGAAACAGCAAGCUUGGAAGUGCGUUACAGAAGAUUUUAACUCCGAAUGUAUCAGCAAAAGAACCACCAAGCAAUUAAAGCAUUUUUAUGAUAACAUAAAGCGGAAUGCGAGAAAAGCGGAGGCAUCGAGUAAUAAAGAAAGGUACCGAGAGCAAUUAAAAAAAGCUUUCGAUGGAGAAAUGUCACAAGACGAUAUAGAAAAGCUUCCAGAAGAAGCUUUAUAUGCCGCAAAAUGUGAAAAGGAAGGAAGAAAGAAAACUGGAGGAGGAAGCUGCGAAAGCACCACCAACGACUCAAUGAGUCUGGUGCUAUCGAUAAUGGGUGAUACGGUAAAGCCUUUACCAAAUCCAUUUGAUAGUGCCAGCUCUUAUCACGAUGACGAGGCAAUAUUGCUAUUAGAACCUUCUCCCCCAGCAAUCAUCCCUGAAGUGGUGGACCAAAGUAUACCAUCCUGUUCCUUUUCUUCCAUAGCUGAUCGCCAACCUGCGCCAAAAGGUGGAAUAAUUGCUGCAAAACGGCGACCUAAAACUAAGAUGUCCAUUCAACAAAUUAAAAAAAAUUACUACCUUCAAAAGUUGAAGAAUGCUAGGCUGGAAUACAGCACUCUCCUAAUGGAGAAAAAUUUUAAAAAACGCAUUUUCAUGAAUCAAUUAAGUAAAUGAACAUAUUUUCUAUUCAAAUAAAAUGGUGUUGAUAAUA